ACAGCACAUCAUAAGAACACAUCUUCCUCCUUAUUACUCUUCUAACCGCGCAUCUAAUAACCAUAAUAACUACCAAUUUAUUGGAACAACACAAAGAAAGAACAAAAGUUCACGAUACAUGCUCUACCUAACUACCGAUUGAUCGAUUGACCAAUCAAUCAUAAUUGAUUUGAUUUUAUUUAAUUUAAUUUAAUUUGAUUUGAUUCGAUGGGCGAGUGGACUACUAAAGCAGAGGAUUUGUACGCAUGGAGGGUGAUGUUAAACUGGUUGGACUUCUUCUUCCAAAUGUUUUAUGGGAUAAUUGAAGGAGUCUUUGCCCAAUACUCAUUACUCUCUUUCUCCCCUUCUCAUCAUCAUUGUCAUAUGCCUCAUCCUCCCAACACCAUUCACCAGAUACCUCUUCAUUUCACAAGCCAUCGUAGCCAUUAUCAUCAUGUCUCUCUACCUCUUCGGAGGCUCACGGUAGUGCUUGAUUUGGAUGAAACCUUAGUAUGUGCAUAUGAGAGGUCAAGUUUGUCACCUGAAAUACGUACUAAAGCAAUUAAGGAUGGUUUGAAUUAUUUUGAUCUAGAAUGUGUAUGUUCCGAAAAGGAAGUGGAAGGAAAACCAAUAAUUAGUUAUGUUACAGUGUUUGAGCGCCCUGGACUAAAAGAAUUCUUAAGGCAAUUGAGUGAAUUUGCUGACAUGGUGCUAUUUACUGCUGGUCUUGAAGGUUAUGCUAGUCCAGUUACUGAUAGAAUAGACAGAGAAAAUCGAUUCCGUUUACGACUUUAUCGCUCCUCAACUACCAACACGGAAUAUAAGGAACACGUGAAAGAUCUUAGCAGUAUAACAAAUGAUCUAUGCCGCAUUGUUAUUGUAGACAACAAUCCUUUUAGCUUUUUGUUGCAACCAGAAAAUGGAAUUCCAUGCAUCUCAUUUUCUGUUGGGAAACCGCAUGACACACAACUUAUAGAUGUGAUUCUUCCACUUCUCAAGUACCUAUCUUACCAGAAAGAUGUUAGAGAUGUGCUCCGUGAAAAGUAUAAGAUGCCUGAAUGGUUUCAACAACAAGGGAUUCUAACUUACAGUUGAGUUUAUAGGCUUUUUUAGUUACCAAUCCGUCACUUUUUUCAAAAUUUAUUAUCAAAAUAUCACCCUUUUUAUAACUAAUUGUUCAGAUGCUACCUUUUUAUUAUAAUGACAAAUGAUUUGUUAUUUCAUUUUUUAUUAUGAUUGUUUGCAGUGAUAUACAAAAGGUGGUGUUUAAUAAUUAGUUUAAAAAGAAUGACAUUUUGAUAAUAAAUUUAUAAAAAAAGACACAUUGGUAACAAAGUCGAGUUUACAAGACUGAAAUUGCUUGCAGUCUCUUCAUUAUUUUUCUC